AUGUAUGGCGUUCGAUCUCAUAAGCGUCUGCACCAAGCAUGCGAGAACUGCCGAAGGAAGAAAACUCGAUGUCCGGGCGAGAGACCGGCUUGUUCAAGCUGUACUCGCCUUUCAAAAACAUGCACAUACCCAGAAAUCCGAGGAAACCCUCUGGCCUCGGCUUCUCGAAAUGGGAGCACUUCAACAGAAACAGAGAGACGGUUGGCCCAGCUCGAAGCAAAGAUUCGCAUGAUGGAAAAGCAAGAGACGAAUAGUGACAUGGAAUCUUCUACCACAAGAAUAUCAUCCAACUCAGGCCAAUCUGAGGACUGGCAGCUAUCGCUAUCACAUAGCAUUGAGAUGGAUAGCUCCCCGGAAGUAGGGAAAGUUGGGACAUAUUUGUCCAGUGAAUCGUCUUGGCUAACUGGCCGAAGCAGCUUAUUGCCGGGCAAGGAUGUCCUGGAAGAUGUCAUCAAUGCGUACUUCCAAUAUUGUCACAAGCAGCCUUUAUGGUUAUUCAAUCAGGAAGACUUUUCCUCCAUUCAGGAUUGUAGUGAAGGGACACUCUUGACCCUACUGGCCCUUGCUUCUUGUCAUUCAAAACAUCCUUUCUUCCAAGGUCGUUUGCACGAAUUGGGUCACACCUAUGCACAGGCUGCAAGAGAGGGAAUCUUGCAGCAGGUAGGCGAGGGCAAGGUUUCAAUAACCACAAUUCAGAACCUCUGCAUGCUGACACUGGCCAAUAUACAAGCCAACAUGACAACCCUGGCAUAUCUGCACGUGGGCUUAGCAGUCACACUUUCGAAAUGUGCCAAUCUUGAUGUUGAGAUCUGCGCCCUUGACGACGUUAGCCCGCGCGCAGAAACCCGAAGAAGAGUGUUCUGGAGCCUGCACUUGCUACAGCAGAUGUACGGACACCAAUCCCUCACGACGGACAUCUUGCAAGAUAUUACCAAACCGCAAUAUAUCGCGACGUAUACAGACCCACGGAAGAGCGUCAAUGAAAUGCCCCCAGCCAUUCCACGCGAAGACAUAUCAGCUCAAGACGAAACAACCAGUGCUGAUAAGAAGAGUGGAACAUGGGCCUACAUGAUUCAGACGUCUACACUAUGGGGAGAGGUCCGCACAUACGUGAAGCAAUGGGCUCAGCAGACCAAUAAUGCACCACCUCCUUGGUCAAUCGAGUCUGGAUACGCUGUUAUUAACGCCUACCUCAUGGACUCAGAGACGAAAUUCCCAGACCGCCACCGAUUCGAUAGCGCGCGAUUUACUGAUCAAGACAGCCGGCACCUUCAACGCAAUCGAGGGUAUUGGAGCCCAUGGGUAUACCAGCAAUUUGCAUAUCACACCAUACACAACAUGCUAAACCAUCCCUUUCUGUAUUCAUCACGACCGCAACAGUCGGCUCAAUUGGGAGUUCCAAACACGUUCUGGAAAACAUCCUCAGAACUUGCCUUUAUCCACAGCACAUGGGUUGCACGCCUCAUCGAGAUGGUCCUUCAUAAAGAAUAUCGCGUCUCAGAUCCAUUCAUUGGUCAUUGUGCGGCGAUCGCGGCCACCAUUCAUAUCUACUUUUGCCGGGCGGCUGAUAAGACUACCAGGGAGGCGGCGCUGGAUAGACUCGCGAAAUGUGUCGCAUUCUUGGCUGAGAUGGCUUUGCUAUGGCCUUGUUGUAGAUGGUUGCACGAAAGACUCCAGUCUUUGAUCCGGGCGGCUUUUGCAGUAGAUGAUGAGGAACAAGAGGCCUCAUCGCCGAGGACCAUCUCGAUCAACACGCGUUUGAUGUGGGAUAUACUCCUUUACAACUCUGGUGCUUACAGGGGCACGACAAGUUGUCCCCAUACAAGAAGUCUUUUCGAUGGCAGCUCUCUUUUUCCAGAGGACAACACGGAUGACGGGGAAGAUGUCGUCGAGAUAGAUAAUUUCCACAGUCCUACUGUUGAAGUAAGCCUAGGAAAUGGACAGGCAUUACCUCCGCAGUCAGGACGGCGAACAAGAUCUGGGCAGGGAUCCCAAGAGUAUCAAGCACAUCUUCCAGCCCAAUCUUCUAUUCCCGAGGGGGGUGGAGGUUCCAUGGAGCAUACACCCAAUGCCUCUUGGCCUAUGUCUGUAGAUAUGACGUAUGAUCCGUUCUUUCAAUUUCAAGAUUCGGGUGGUCCCUUUUUUGGAACAUGGGAGGUAGGAAAUCUCUAG